AUGCUGAAAAACACGAAGUUUACGUGUGUCAGUGAAAGUCUAUGCAAGUGUUUAGGAAAUCUCGGAAGAAACAUUGCACGACAUCCGUAUUAUUACAUCAUUGUGCCUUCCAUUGUCUGUGCUUUACUGUGUAUUGGAUUUUUCAAUAUGAAAAUCAUUCAUGAUAUCAAUUAUUUGUUAUGUGCUGACAGAGGAAAUAUUUUUGACAUUCGACAAUUCAUAGACAAAACAUUUCCAAUGAACACUUCGGAAUUUUACGAUUUACAAAGGAUAAGUCAUCGUCCAGUCACACCUAUGAUCUACAUAAAACACAAAAAACACAAAAACAUGUUACAUAAAAAUAUUUUACUCGAAGUUCAAAUGUUAACCGAAAUAGCAAAUAACGUCACAGUGUAUGUUGAUGAAAGACAAAUUGGUUACAAAGAUGUUUGUGGACGAAUCUAUGAAAAAUGUUUCGAAAAUCCUAUUUCCACUUUGUUAAAUCGUGCGGAUGAUGUACUUUCUAAGAGACUGAAAUUCAAGUAUCCCAUAGAUAUCGAUCCUCUAACGUUUUCAUAUAAGAUAAUGUUAUUCAAUUUAGGAGGUGUGAUCGUUGACAAAAACGAUUAUAUACAAGAAGUAUACGCCAUGCGUUUAUUUUAUCCAUUGGACUACAGUAACACAAGUAAAACAGAGUGGACUAAAGCUUGGAGUAAAGCUCUUCACAGAAGAAUAAAAGAAUGCAAUUUCAAGUAUAUUGACACUUUCCUCGAGCCAUUCGCUUCGACUGACGUUAAUGUUAUGUCAGAUUUGCAGGAGAUAAUACCAUUUAUAAGCGUGACUAUAAUCGUGGUAUGUCUCUUCAGCAUGCUGAGUAACAUGACUAAUAGUUGGAUUAGAAGCAAACCGUGGAUGGGUGUAGCCAGUGUCAUGUCAGCCGGAAUGGCUGUAGCUGCCUCUUUUGGAUUACUAUUUGCGUGUGGUGUAGAAAGCACAUAUUAUAACGUUGCUCUCCCAUUUGCAAUCCUGGUAACAGAAGUGGACGAUUCUUUCGUAGUGAUCGCGUGUUGGAGAACAACUAAUACUCGUGAUUCUGUUGAAAAGCGAAUGGAGGAUACUUUAUCAUUUAGUAUAUGGGGAAUUAUUUCUUUGAACGAAGGUUUUGAUGUUUUUGGUGUUUAUCCCGAAAAUUCCGAAAUCACCCGAGCAUUUCGAGUAUAUUAUAAAUAUUUUACUGAAUAUCCAUUUACUAUUCACAUAGUGAUUAAGGAAACUUUGGAUUAUUCACACGAAUUCGUUCAGAAAUCAUUAGACGACAUGAUGGAGAAGUUCCAGUCUCAUCCAAACGUGGCAGAUAUGGAUAUUUCUUGGUUGAAGUAUUUCAAAGAUUUUCAACAGCAUUCAGCAGCGAAAUAUUCUUUUAUGGGAUACGAUUUAUCCACUAAACAAGAUUUUAUCGAUGCUUUACGAAAUGUUUUUUUGAAAUUUCCAGGAGCCAAACAUUACGAGAAUGAUAUC